AUGGAAACCGAAAUUUUCGAGUUGAAGAACUACCUUCCUGAGUGGACUUCUGUGAAAAGGAGCAAGAAGUGGGCAGUUUUCACUGCAAUUGCCAGGGCUGCAAGGUUGUUUGCGCCAAAGGUGGACCAAGGACAAUUGAAAAAGAGAAAGCAGAUGUACAAGACUUGGUUGUUCAACAACAAGAAAAAGAAGGAAAGGAAGGACAUGAUAAAGGCAAAGCCAGGAGAUCCUGGUAUGUUCAAGCAUUAUCAGGCGGCUAUGAAGAGAGUCAUGGCUGAAUUGUCCGACGACGAGUUGGAGAAGGCGAAAGAAACCGCCGAAGAAUGGUCCAACAACUGUCCUCCUCCCAAGAUACAAGCACAGGUUGCCUGUAAGAAGGGACCUGCAUAUAUGGAGCACUUUUCGAAGGAGAUGUGGAGGCAAUGCGGGAUGAGAGUGUUUGUGUUGUCAGCUUGGAAGAAUGAACAGGGCGAGGUGCUGUUUGGGAUGCGCAAUAAUAAUGAGGCAUUAGGAGAUGGGGACAGCUUCAUGAAGACAAAGGACUGGGAGGACAUCAAGCCGGUGUGGCAGGAGUAUGCGCAGGAACAGUUCGGUGCCGGAGCAUGGGAAGGUGGCCGACAGAUGAAGGAAGGUCACAAGAGAAUCCGAAAACCAGCCUUCGAGCUCGACACUGAUGAGGAUGGGAUGCCGUUGCUUCCGGACAUCACCAAAACAAAACUUGAGGAGAAGAAGGCCAUAGCAGUAGUGCCAUGGAGUGCCAUCCUUCAAUGCCAGGAUGACUUUGUGUCACAAAGAUAUCUUCCGGCAGAUGUCGACUUGAAGGAGCCUUCCAAGUUGCAAAAUUGGGACACUACGGCCCUCCUCAAUUUCUGGUAUGCUCGGCAGGAGAAAGGCAAAGGAUCAACAUUCACGUUCAAAGCAUGGAAGAACAAAGAUGGCAACAUGGUAGCAUCGGUCGUAUCAGGCGGGUCGCCUUCCCAUCGGCCAGGUAAAGUCAAAAACAUGCCAAGGGUAAUCAUCCGAAGCCCUAGGGAUUCAUCCUCCGAACCCUACAGUGAUUUCAGGAAUGACACUCAUCAUUCGGAUGAUGAUGAUGAUGAUGAUGAUAAUGACUCGGCUGAUGGUAGAUCACCGAAAAAGAGAACCAGAACCAGAGAAGGUCCUUCAUCAUCACAUGCAGAGACAGCAAUCCCACUGUCAAUUCCGAAGCCUCGCCCUGUCAAGCCGGCGAAAUGUGGUGCACUGCUGACAUCGCGAAUGGGUGACCUCCUGGCAGGGUUAACCAAUGGCAACAUGGGUGAGGUUGACGAUGAUGUUGCAAUGGAAGGGAGGAAAACAUCGCCGGCUCCGAAAAGGAUGCGGGGAAAGAAAGCGGUGAUUGAGCCAUUGGCGAGGACCACCCGGAGUAAGUCGACGCCAAAGCCAUUAGGCAGUACUCCUCGGGUGACAAGAGCAAGGGGAAGGAAGUGA